AGACAUUGCUGAAGAACGGACGCAUACUGUAGGGAUGAUACGGGCCUUGGUUUCACGGUUGGCUCUCCCUCCGCUAGUUGUCCGCUGGAAGUCAACCGCUAACUUGGAUUACUCGCGCUAUCCAAAGCUGCAAGAGUCGGAAAUCGAAGAGACCUUCAUGCGCGGCAGUGGACCUGGGGGUCAGGCGGUAAACAAGACAUCCAACUGCGUAUUCCUGCGUCAUCUGCCCACCAACAUCACCAUAAAGUGUCACACACAUCGACUGGCCUCCAAAAAUCGCGUAGAGGCACGAAAACUUCUCCUAGACAAGCUUGAUGCCCAUUUUAAUGGAGAAAACUCGAUUGCCGCACAGAUCAAAGUACUGGAGCAGAGAAAGUCCACGGAGCGGCGACGACGGCAAGGAAAAAUGCAGGAGAUGAAGACUAGAUGGCAAGAGAGGGAGCGUACAGAAGAAUCCAACGAUAAAUAAAAAGCCAAAAUUCAUUUUUAUACUAAAACAUAA